AUAUUUAGUCUAUCUAAUGAUCCCUGGUGGGGUCAAGCAAGGAUCGAGGUGCAUGACGGAAAAAGGAAAAAUGAUACCAUACUGGUAAUUUUUUCAGGGGCAAGACGGCCCUUCAUCAUACAAACAAGUGGUCGAUUCAUGAUGGUGGCUUUACAAAAAGACUUUCUCUCCACCCCUUGUAACUUUAAAGGAACUUAUUAUACAAGUCAAAAAAAAGGUUAGUGAUAGUAAGUUUUAAUAACAAACCAUAAGAAUGUUAAUUAGCUCCUCAUAAUAUACUCUGGCAGGCGCAACUGUCAAAAGCAGAAACAGUGUCAAAAGCUGUAGUAAUAAUUUUUCAACUCCCCAUGUAAAUUAAUAAAGUUAUAUGUAAAGUGUUCUUCUGAUUGUGCCAAGUCUGACAAAGGUCAGUACUACAUGAACAGGAAAGCCUUGAAAAACUGAGAGAAAUAUUUUAUAGACUAGUCAUCAAAAGUGCAUAAAUAAAUAAAUAAAUAAAUAGAUAAAUAGGUAAAAAGAUUAUCACUCUAACUAAACAUUUCAAAAAUAAUGACAUGGUGACCAAGUUAUCUUUUAAGUUUGAAACUACUCCUUUUAUACAUUGUCUUAUACUUUUCCGUUAGUUUAAUUUAAAGCAAGUGACAAAGAUGUUAUGCAUGCGACUUGUUAUUUAUUGACAUAAGGAAUGUAAUGUAAUUAUAUGGACGUGCAAAGAACCGCGGUAAGUAAUCUGGAGUCAAAAAUACUCACCUUGGAAUGUGGUGGACUGGGGAAUGAAGAGAACGCGGGAAUGGCGAGGGCUGCAUAGUAACGUAGACCCUACAAAUAAUGAAAUUUUAUUUACAUAUUUAUUUUUUCUAGAGACAAAAAAAAUAAAAUAAAAUAAAGUAAAAAACUUAAGAUGUUAUUCCCUCUUAAUCAGUGACACCUAAAUCCUCCCUUUAACGGUCUCGUUAAAUUUGUAUAAGCAAAAGAAAAAAUUAAAACGAGAGAGUUUUAGUGGAAAUUUAGCAUACCAAGGAAGCUUUUGCUUUCAGGUUGAAGUGUUAAGUAUUACUACAGGCUUCUUUAAUAUCAGCUUUUGUUUUUCAGCAAUAAGAAACUGUAAUCAAAACAACAAAAAUAUAUCAUUCUAUUCAACGACACUCAUGGCCUAACUUCGAAGUGCUUAAACAGCUCAUACAUCAAACAUUGACUACAGUGUAAACGCCGUCGUGUAAACAAACCCCUGGACUGAAGUGCUCCACUGUUGUCAAAAACCUCCUGGGAAGUUAUGGGAUUAGAAUUUUAUAGCAGACUAAACUCCCUCUUGGCAGUUUAGGAAAACUGAUGGCUCAUCAGUUUAUAAUUCAAACGCUUAGUUUUAAUGCCAACUAUUUGAUAACGCGAUUCAAAUCAAGUAACUGACAUCAUAAAGACGGCUUCCCUGUAUUUUCACUGUUCUUCCUACUGACUAUCAGUUGUUUGAUUCCUGUGUGAAGUGAGGCGUUUUAUUACAAUAUGAGAUAUGAUAUAUAUAGUAUCGCUUAGCGUGGUGUUCUACAGGGGAGUAUAAAGUUAUCUAUAAUUUUUGGAGCAUUAUUUAAGUAGAUUUAAGCAACUCAAAUUUUAUUUGCAGCGUGAUAUGACAUGAGAUCGGGACAGCUUAGAAACUUUCUUAAUGUUCAUUUUCAGAGAAGCCGAGGAUAAGGCUACCGUUACCAGUAGUAAAAUCUGUACCAGGACAUUAUAUCUGGUUUCUACUGGAAGGUACUCCACCGAUUAACUCGACAUUAGUGAAUACAUCAACACGUUUGAAGGGUGUUUACAUAAUAAAAGGGAUCCAACUACAUCGGAAGGGCAACUACACUCUACUAGCAGAGAACAAUGAAGGAAAUGACUCAAAAACGGUUGAAGUAACCUUUCUGGGUAAGGAUUCAAUGCUGUUAAAUUUCAUUCAAUGUAGAUGAGGCAUUUUGCAAUAAACAACUAUUAAUAGUGGUUCGCACAAACGGUUGUGUUGACUUCCGUCCUUAUUUUAUCCGUUGAUGAUUCAGUUCAUUUGGUUAGUUUUAGAAGACUUGCUUUUGCAUGUUUUACCAUUUUUGAACACGGGUAAUUUGUGUCAAUUAAAGUUUGUAAACAAUGAGGAUUUACCAAACAAUGGAAAUUUGGAUUUCACCCUCAGACAGGGGGGGAAGGUGUCUCCAAGGAAAUCUGUGGUACAGUCCGCCUGCCAGUAUGACGUCACGACUCGCGUCAGUGACUUUCAAAAUGGCGAGCAAAGUGUUCAUCGAAGAAAGGGAUAAAAAUUUCGAUUUUAUCACGGAAAUACCGCUCCGAUUUCUUGGAUUUGGAGAUUUUAAGGUUUCUAUUGUCAUAGAAAACUAGAUUUAACUACUUUUUUCGGAUGAAAUGUCCAGUGGUGUAAUGAAUUUUAAGGAUUCCUUUCUACCGUCGAGCAGAUUUUACGGGCAAUCAUACCGACCGGUCACUUUUGAGGGCCAGUGCACAGCAAGAUUGAAGAGUUUAGACACAGCGAUAGGAGGUUCAUCAAAGGAUGUAUUAUACUUUACAUUGUGCGUAUUUUCAGCUCUUCAGAGCUAGUGAAACCCCGUAUCAUUCCUCUGAAAGUUCGCUUAGCUGUAGCGUUGAAAGAGGAAGCUUAAUGACAGGUAUUUGUGAGAGACUGUGAGCAUUGAAUCUUGUUACUUCACCGCAUUUUAAUACUGUAUUGGGCAUAUACCUGUAAUUCUGUAAUUUUAUCCCGAAAACGAAUAAGAGGUUUCGUUUAAUUUUUUCUUGGGGCAAACCCAGUGGAAAUUUUAGGGUAAUAAUAUUGAUGAUUGAGACGAUGUACAAAAGGCAAGUUUAACUUUCGCCAGUGGGUCACUGGUGGGUGUUGGGUGUAAAUUAGUACAGUUUGCGGUGUAUUGUGUGUGUUUGUCAUGAUGUCAACUAACACUGAAAAAAAUUCGGCUGUUUCAGAGGAGGGACAUGUCUUGACAGCUUAUGGUUUUAAUCUGGUCGUAAGCUUGGCCAGUAUGCAGAUCAAGAGCUUUUGAAAUCCCUUUUCCAAAAUAAAACUACAGACUUAAGCUUAAAUUAUAUAUUGAUCCAAGUGCAUGACCAGCAGGGUCUGCAGUAAGAAUAAAGAAAAAAAGGCCAAAAGGAAAAAUAGUGUUAAAAAAAAGAGACCAAACAGGAAAAAAAAAACUUUAAAAAGGAACAGAAAGCAGCGUCGCCGGGAGUCGAACCCGGUUUAUCUGCACGUGCAAGAAACUCCUUGACCACUGCACCACAGUGACAUACAUGAUUUGGAUAAUUAAUUUUGUCAUAUCAAAACAUUUUUUCUCAGCCAUAGACGCUGUUUGAAGCUGGUAGAGCUGUGUUUAUCGUGAAUUCAAAUAUACAUUAGAGGAAAACUAGCUUAAGCGCGUAUUUCAAAGCUAUUCCGCAUUAUUUCCGGUUCAACGGGCCGACUCGAUGUAGAUAACAGGAAUACCCAACGUCAAUUUUCGGAAAAUAUCUGUUCGGAAGACGAUUUGAGAUCUAGAAUUUUCAGAACAUUUUUUGUAAAAUUUCUUGCUUGCCUACCUCUCCUAGGAUUCUCGAACAUCUAAAAAUUGGUGUAAUUGCCCAUUUUAAACGGAUUUUUAUACCCUAAAAAGCUCACCUAGAAUUUUCGGGAGCCUUUUUGAUCCUUUUUUCUGGCUGAAACUUUCGAAAAGGUAAGUUUUGAUCCCUAUGAUUUUCGGAUCUCGAGACUUUCAGCUAGCAGUUCAAACACUAAAAUACGUUUAUCAAUGCUAUGUUUAAGUGGUUUUGAACUAUAUUCUCGUUGGGUGCCCCUGAGAUAAUCGAUCGAACUAACUUUACUGAAUUUGGUGGAGAAUUAGGAGAUCAACAGACGCCCGUACUAGAAAGGAAUGAUAUGAAGUUAGGCCCAUUUGCUUAGCAAAAGAGUAGAUGAAAUAUAAACAUGCAUGAUCUGUGAAUGGAACCUCCUAUUCUGGAGACUAGACCUUGCCUAUUUUAAAGGAAAAAAUAUUUAAGGUUUGAUGACCUUGCCGGUCCCGUAAAAUAGAUGGCGAUCGCGCAACACGGCUCGCAAAACAAAUUAACAAAAUUUUACAAUCACGCACACAAACUAUCAAAACGGUUUACACAAGCAGAUUAUAGCAACACCAAAGCUCACAUACAUUCGAUCAAAUUAGCGAUUAGCGAUAUUUGUUAGCUUCUGUACUUUUCCUCGACCUCGCUCGCCCAAAUAACUGUCGUAUCCCCUGCUAAUUUGCACAAGCGACCCGAAGCUCUUGCCAGUUACUAUGUGACCUCAUACUGGCAGGCGGAGUGGGCAAGAAACUUAGGUGGAAAACAAUAGCGUUACCCUCCCCCCCUGCCCUCAGGCCUGUAGCCAGAAUUUUUUACGGGGAGAUGCGAUCCAACGAGGAGACGGACCAAACGUUGCCAGAGUCUCUCGGGUGGGGAGAAUUAGCUUGCCUGAGACUUCAUUUGGAGCAUUUUGAAAAACUGGGUAUUUCUCAAACUUUUAAUCUUCAAAAGUAAUUUUUUCAAAUAGAGUACUUUAUUUUACAAUUUUUUAUAGUGACAUUAAUUCGGGAUGUCGCUAUUUAAAAGGAAAAAAAUAGAAGGAAAGUUGUAAGUCCGUACUAUUCGCUGGGUAUGAUGCAUGAUGUUCGAAUCAUGAUCUUUUAAUAGUGUACCAAGCUCAAAAUUUCUUGGGUGUUUGUUAGAAACAGAUCAAUCAAAGACUUCUUUCAGAUCAAUGUAUGUUACAUAGUGGAUGCGUUUAUUAGCCAGUGGAGAGAGCUUUUGUUGUGCCGCGAAUAUACUACUUUUUGGCAGAAAACAGCUGAUAUUUUAAACUAUCCUCAAAGACAAAAGGCUACACAAAAAAGGAACAAUGCAUACGCUAAAGAAAAAAAAAGGAUCCAAGAUCUACCCCUUGUAGCCCAUCAGUGGCUCCUGUAAGUAGCCUGCGUACGAAGCGUUUCCGUGCGAUUUCGGAGCAAAGAACGAGGAGCGAGAGUCAAAGACCGCGCAUAAAAUGGAGGGAGUAAAAGAGCGGGGAGGGGGUGGUCAACAGAAAAUAAGUGGACCUCUGGGCCCUGUGGGGAGGGGGGUUGGGAGCGCAUCCGUCGCAUCCCCCCUCCCUAUGGGCCUGACCCUUAAUCAAUGAGUAAAAAUGAAAAUUCGUUAUUGUCUAUUAAUACUGUAUUAAUGGAUAUAUCGGAAUGUACCGCUUUCUUGAAAACUUCCCUCUACCAAUUGUCUUAUUCUUGCGUCCAUUCAUUUUGCAGAUUGCAAUCAUUUGUGUCACAGUACAGGUUCGAUAACAAGUUCUGGCAAAGUUACUAACGAACACAACUGUAAUAAAAGCCACAUAACAAAUAAUUGGAAUUGCAUUCCAACUACAACCACUAAAUUGUAA